AUAUUUGAACUUUAGCCGCGGAUAAAACUUCGUCAAACUCCAGAAUGAAGGAGCUUAAGACUUUCAAGAUUUGUUUACUUGUUGUUGGCUUGCUCUACACAACAGACAGCCAAGCAAAAUGCACGUUAAAGGAACCAAGAGAAAGGCUUAAAAUGAAACGGCUGAACUUGAAUCUUCGAACCUUCAACAAAACUGCUCCAUUUAAGAUGGGGCUAGAGUUAGCUGCAAAUGAGACGGUUUCACAACCAGAGUUAUAUCCUCACAAUGCCAACAUGAGAGCUUCUGCACCCUGGAGGUGGGAACUGGAUCACGAUGAAAACCGUUAUCCUCCGAACAUCGGAGUUGCAGUUUGUGAAUCCAAACACUGCUACGACCACCAAAACAACAGGCAAGACGACUCUAAUAACAGCGUACCAGUAAACAGGACAGUGCCAGUUCUUAUAAAGGAGAAGAUGAGAAAGAAUCAAAAGUGUCCCAAGAAUGGGAGGCACAAGUACAGGAAAGAGUGGAUCAGUAUUGCUGUGGCUUGUAUUUGUGUCAGGCCAAAACUGCCUGAGGAUUGAGUCCUCUUUCAACAAACCAGAGCAAGCUGCUAGGGGGCCAAAACCUAAACCACUUCUUCCUGACUGCAACCAAGAAAUCAAGACCUUAAGGGACCAGAGUUGGGGACAAUCUGUCAGUGAGUAGCUUGAACCAUAAGAUUGUACAUCUAAGGGUGUAACUGUAUUGCCUAUGCAAAGUGGUGGACUUUUCAACAAACUCAAGGUUUGCUUCUCUAAGCUUUAGCAUGGAACAAACACCUUGCAAUGUAUGAAAAGAACUGCAACCCCAACCAGUACCAUACAGACUGGAGUUCUGCAGGACAGUGAAAUGUGUAGAACACUAGGACUCAAACCCAUAACCUUGAGAUCUUGAAACAAGAGCAAAAGACCAUGACACAUCUGACAUAUCAAACUUAAACUGAUCUUCAGGCCAAGUAUCAAGGAGCCAAGAGAUUCUACAUGACUAUAUGACUAAUAUAUGAUUGUAUAUAAUAUAGUAUUAUCUAUGUUACCCUAAUGAUAUAGAGCUACUUGACAUGUUGUUUGUAAAAUGUAACAAGGUUCAAAAGUCCUGAGUGCUGUAUGUUAGUACAUGUACAUAUUGUGAAUUUGUGUGCUUACAAAAAAAUAUUUUUUUGUUAUUGAUCUUCCUUUUACUUUUCUAUUCAGUAAAAAUAGCCUCAGUAUUAGACAGGUGGCCACUAUAGAAUUUCAUUUCUUUUCAGUGAUUGGGUCAAUGGAGAAAAAGUGGCCACAAUGGACAGGUGGUCUCUUGAUGUACAUUU